CGCUGGAAAGACAACUUAGAGGAUUGGGGAGGAUUUGAAGUGUCGUACUCUAGGACACGGAUACUGAAAGCAUUCUACGCAAAGUUGAUUUCUUGUCCCGCUGGUUUUCUCACAGAUUCUUGCAUGUUGAUCAUAGGCGACGCAUAGAAAGCAUUUCGAGACAGGAAAAGUGAAAAGUGUGACCACAGCACUGGAACGCAAUGACGACCAAGACAUUGAACACCGAAACAGCCACGAUUAGUUUAACUGACCUGGGCAAGCAUAAUAAAGAGACAGACUGUUGGAUAGCAGUGCACUCAAAAGUCUGGGAUAUCACUAACUUCAUCAAUGAGCACCCAGGCGGUCCGUCCGCUCUACUCAAAUGCGCCGGAUCAAACGCUACGAGGAUAUUCGACGAAGUUCAUGCCCCCGAUAUACUCGAGGAGCUGCCGGACGAGAAGUUCAUUGGUAUUCUCCAAGAUGCCACUCCAGACGCUGUAGCAACUGCAUCACAGCCAGCCACAGGCGAUACCAUGAGCACGGCGGUUUCAAAGACAGCUCAGACUCUUAACAUGCCUAUAGAGGAAGAUAAGGCUAUACCACCACUUGGAUCUAUUAUUGGCGCGCCAGAUUUGGAAUCGGUCGCUUCCAAAGCACUCACGCCAAAGGCUUGGGCCUUCUACUCUUCCGCUGCCACUGAUCUCAUAACGCACAAGAACAACAAGAGGUUGGUGAGACGCAUCAUGAUCCGGCCUAGGAUUCUGAGAAACGUUUCUCACGUCGACAUGAGAACCAACAUCUUGGGUUUUGAAACCUCUGCCCCGUUUUUCAUCUCACCAGCCGCCAUGGCAAAGUUGGUGCAUCCCGACGGCGAGUUGGCGUUGAGUCGUGGGGCUGCAAGCGAGGGCAUUAUUCAGUGUAUAUCGAGCAAUGCAUCUUACACUCUGAAGUCCAUCGUCUCAGCUGCCCCGCCAACACACCCUUUCUUCUUCCAGCUUUACGUCAACUCUGAACGCCAAAAAACGAUAGAGAUUCUUCGUUCAGCCCGCUCACUAGGUAUCAAGGCUGUUUUUGUGACUGUGGAUGCCCCUGUUCCUGGGAAGCGAGAAGCAGAUGAGCGCGCGGCACAAGCAGGCACAGUUCGUGCUGCCAUUAGUGGCGCCGAAAGCAGCAGUGACAACAAGGGAAGUGGACUAGGGCGUUUGAUGGCUCAGUACAUUGACAAUUCAAUCACGUGGGAAGAUCUCACUUGGAUCAGAGAGGCCAGCGGUGUUCCGGUCGUGCUCAAAGGAGUUCAGACAGCAGACGAUGUUAGAUUAGCAGUGGCGUAUGGUCUUGAUGGAGUUCUUUUGAGCAAUCACGGCGGUCGAUCUUUGGAUGGCUCACAAGCGUCCAUUUUGAAAGCAAUGCCCCAAGUAUUCGACAAGCUUGAGAUCUAUAUUGAUGGUGGCUUCGAGCGUGGCUCGGAUAUUCUGAAAGCCGUUGCACUUGGUGCCACGGCAGUCGGUGUCGGAAGACCGUUCCUUUAUUCUUUAGUUUACGGCCAAAAAGGCGUAGAGCACCUCUCACAGAUUCUCAAAGACGAAUUGGAAACCUCGAUGAGGCUUUGUGGUAUUACGAGCCUCAGCCAGGCUACGCCUGCAAUGGUGAAUACUUUGGAUAUUGAUUACUUGGUGGUUCCAGAGGAAUCGUCGAGGCAAAAGAUGUCGGUGAAAAGAUCAUGGUCGAAACUCUAAUAUUUAAGAUCUAUGAAGUGAUGGCAGACAUUCAACGGGUUCAAGACGCCUUCGGCCUACCGCAUCAGAUAUUCAUAACCCAGAUAAUGGACUUAUU